AUGUCUCACCAAUUUUUUAUAGGUAUGUCAGUAGCAAGGAAUAGACGCAUUUCACUUGGAUCACCUAAAGAUCUCAAAGAAGUGAAGUUUUUCGAUGAAGAACCUAUUCCUGAUGUCCCUCCAAAAGGAGCGAGAGUGAAGGUGUGCUACGCUGGUGUAUGUCUUACUGAUCGUGAAGUAACAAACACAAAACAGGCAAGAGUGACGAAUGGAAUCAAAGAUACCAGCCUGUUUCCGGGAUAUGAGGUUUCUGGCGUCGUAGAAUCCUUCGGUACAGAGUCCACCCCUGAAGAGUAUGAUCUAAAAAUCGGCGAUAAGGUUAUCGUCUGGCCAACUGAUGAGAUGUGCAGUCACGGUUAUGCUGAUUAUGUCGCUGUCCCUACUCUCCAUUUCCUCGUGAAAAUACCUGAUUCCCUUUCGAUGCACGUUGCUUCAAUUCUACCGGCGGGAGCCACAUGGGCAUUGAGUGCUGUGCUACAGGCUCGUCCAAUUGUCGAAGCUUUCUCACAGUCGAAAGGUUUCUGCAACAUUUUGAUCGUUGGUGCUGGUGGACUUGGACUAUGGUUGUUGAAAUUGGCAAAACACUUCCUCGUUGCUCAUAAUGACAAUUCUAGAAAAAUUCGCUUAAUGGUUGCUGACGCAAAGGAAGAAAGGCUGUGCCUGGCUGAAAGGAAUGGUGCCGAUUUCGUGGUCCAUUGGGAUGAUUCGGAAUUCGAAGAAUACUUGAUCAUGCGUACAAAAGAUGUGGCACGAACCGGAGUUAAUGUUGUCUUUGAUUUCGUUACGUCACCAAGAACUGUUACUCGUUCGCUCAAGUGUCUCGCAGAGGGAGGUGUUCUGUUCGUUGGUGGAUUGUCGGGAUUAGACGUUCAGCUUCCAAUUAAACUCGUCGCAAAGAAUAGACUUGCUAUUAUGGGUGUCACAAGAGGAAGCAUCGAACAGCUGAAGAAUCUGGUGCAUCUUAUUGCUGGCGGACAGAUUGAAGCUCCAGAUUAUGUUGUCUACCCAGUUAAUCAAGCAUCACAGGUUUUGAAACAGCUUUCAAUGUCUGAGGUUGAAGGCAGAGCUAUCUUGGAAGUGUGCGAUCCAAAUGCUGCUCUCGACUUGUCGAAGACAGCUGAAUAA